CUUCCCGGAUCCUAGCCCAGACGGCGUCGGCUGGGGCAGCCUGGGCGCCGCGACCCUCGCCGGCCACUGGGGGACGGGGAGGAGGAGGUGGAAGAGGCGGAGGCAGCGGCGAAGAGGAGGAGGAGGAGGCAGCGGCGAAGAGGAGGAGGAGGAAGAGGAGGAGGAGGAGGGUUCGCUCGCCAGUUCCGACGCAGACAUGGUGGACUGAUCCCAGGAGGGCCCGAGAGCAGGGUUUCGCGAGGCGGCCCCCGCGCGUGGCCCAGCCGCGCCCCGCGCACCCCUCGCCUGGCUCCGCGUUCCCGCCGCGUCCUGCGCCCGGUCCCUAUGGAGGCGCCGCUCGCCGGCGAGGCCGCCGACCAUGCCUAGGAGGGCCGGGAGCGGGCAGCUGCCGCUACCCCGGGGCUGGGAGGAGGCCAGGGACUACGACGGCAAGGUCUUCUACAUUGACCACAACACCAGGAGGACCAGCUGGAUCGACCCCCGGGACAGGUUAACAAAGCCCCUGUCCUUUGCUGACUGUGUUGGGGAUGAGCUGCCAUGGGGAUGGGAAGCAGGCUUUGACCCUCAGAUUGGUGCCUACUACAUCGAUCACAUUAACAAAACUACACAGAUUGAGGAUCCCAGAAAGCAAUGGCGAGGCGAGCAGGAGAAGAUGCUCAAGGACUAUCUGUCUGUGGCUCAGGACGCACUCAGGACGCAGAAGGAGCUGUACCACGUGAAAGAGCAAAGGCUGGCUUUGGCCCUAGACGAAUAUGUGCGCUUAAAUGAUGCCUAUAAGGAAAAGUCAAGUUCUCGAACAAGCCUCUUCUCAGGAUCUUCAUCUAGCACUAAAUACGAUCCUGAUAUUUUAAAAGCUGAGAUCUCCACUACACGAUUAAGGGUUAAAAAGCUAAAGCGAGAACUCUCACAGAUGAAGCAGGAACUUCUCUAUAAAGAACAAGGCUUUGAAACGUUGCAACAAAUUGAUAAAAAGAUGUCUGGAGGCCAGAGUGGGUAUGAACUUAGUGAAGCCAAAGCCAUCCUAACAGAGCUGAAAUCUAUCAGAAAAGCAAUUAGCUCAGGAGAGAAAGAAAAACAAGAUCUGAUGCAGAGUCUUGCUAAACUACAGGAGCGGUUUCAUUUGGAUCAGAACAUUGGCAGCUCCGAGCCAGAUUUGAGAUCCAGUCCUGUGAAUUCUCAUCUCUCACUCUCCAGACAGACCCUUGAUGCUGGGUCACAGACAAGUAUUUCUGGAGAUAUUGGGAUGCGAAGCAGAUCAAAUUUAGCUGAAAAGGUCAGGCUGAGCCUCCAUUAUGAAGAAGCCAAAAGAAGCAUGGCUAAUUUGAAAAUUGAGCUGUCGAAGUUGGACAGUGAGGCCUGGCCUGGGGCACUUGACAUCGAGAAGGAGAAAUUGAUGCUAAUUAAUGAAAAAGAAGAACUUUUGAAAGAGUUGCAGUUUGUCACUCCACAAAAACGCACACAAGAUGAGUUGGAACACUUGGAAGCCGAGCGGCAGCGGCUAGAGGAGGAGCUGAUGUCUGUGAGGGGCUCACCGAGCAGGGCUCUGGCUGAGAGAUUGAAAUUGGAAGAGAGAAGAAAAGAGUUGCUACAGAAACUUGAAGAAACUACUAAAUUAACUACAUAUUUGCAUUCACAACUUAAAAGCUUGUCCUCUAGCACGCUAUCCAUGUCGUCUGGGAGCAGCCUGGGGUCCCUGGCAUCCAGUCGGGGUUCUCUGAACACCUCUAGCAGAGGGUCACUGAACUCCCUCAGUUCCAGUGAACUCUACUACAGCAGUCAGAGUGAUCAGAUAGAUGUGGAUUAUCAGUAUAAACUGGACUUCCUUCUGCAAGAGAAGGGUGGCUACAUUCCUUCCGGACCCAUCACCACCAUCCAUGAAAAUGAAGUGGUCAAGUCUCCAAGCCAACCUGGCCAGAGUGGACUCUGUGGGGUGGCAACUGUAGUGACCGGCCACACACCCCCACUGACUGAGGCCUCCAAGUCUGUGACAUCCCUCUCGUCUAGGUCCUCCCUUUCCUCUUUAUCUCCUCCUGGCUCUCCUUUGGUCUUGGACAGCACAUUUCCUGUGUCUUCUCAUGACACCUCUCUCCACCAGUUCACUGCUGACUUUGAAGACUGUGAGUUGAGUAGCCAUUUUGCUGACCUUGGACAUGGUGAAAAUCAGAUCUUGCUGGAUUCAGAUUCAGGAGGAGCUUCCCAAUCUCUCUUAGAGGAUAAAGACCUUAACGAAUGUGCUAGGGAGCCAUUAUAUGAAGGAACAACAGAUAUGGAAAAAUCAUUACCCAAAAGAAGAGGAAUCCAUUUGCCUGGGGAUAAAGUUGCUUGUGUGUCGGCUGCUGUAUCUGACGAAUCUGUGGCUGGAGACAGUGGAGUCUAUGAAGCCUCCAUGAAACAGCCUGGUGAGAUCGAAGACGUUCCCUAUAGUGAAGAAGAUGUCACCAUCGUGGAGGCUGCCCAGGUGCAGAUAGGACUCAGACAUGAUGCAAAAAGUUCAAGCUUCAUGGUGAUUAUAGCACAACUCCGAAAUCUUCAUGCCUUCUUGAUACCUCAUUCUUUGAAACUGUAUUUUAGGGUUGCUGUCCUUCCCUCCUCAGCAGAUGUCAGUUGUCUAUUUCGAACAAAAGUCCACCCACCCACUGAAUCUGUGUUGUUCAAUGAUGUGUUCAGAGUGGCCAUUUCCCAGGCAGCCUUGCAGCAGAAGACACUGAGAGUUGAUCUUUGCUCUGUCAGCAAACACCGCAGGGAAGAAUGCUUGGCUGGGACUCAGAUCAGCCUGGCAGAUUUACCAUUUUCCAAUGAGAUGUUCAUGCUAUGGUAUAAUUUACUUCCUUCUAAGCAAAUGCCUUGCCAAAAGAAUAAAGAAGAAAAUGAGGAAUCUGUAGUUCAAUCAAGCCAGCCGGUGUUAGAGCCUAUAGACUUGGAUGCAGUGUCAGCCUUACUUGCAAGAACUUCAGCUGAGCUGUUGGCUGUGGAACAGGAAUUGGCUCAAGAAGAAGAGGAGGAGGAACUAAGGCCCAAAGAAGAGCCACGGGGCCCAGAAGGAGAUUGUUUAACAAUGCUAAGAGAGGCCUCUGAUGAGACUGUAGCUGCAAAAGAGGCUGAAGUUCAGUUGACAGACAGUGACAGCUAUACAGAAGACCUGGGUUUAUGCACUAAUGUGCCUGGAAUGAGUGAAGACGGGUGUAGGAAAGAAAGGAUACAUGAGGAAGACCAUAGCCAGCCACCAACUGGAAUUCCCACACUGGUUGAUAAGGAGACAAAUACUGAGGAAGCAGUUAAUGACAGCAUGGCAGUUCGCCCCAAAGACCGCAGCAGCCUGAGCUCUCGACAACAUCCCUUCAUGAGGAGCAGCGUGAUAGUGCGCUCGCAGACCUUUUCCCCAGGCGAGCGGAGCCAGUACAUUUGCAGGUUAAAUCGGAGUGACAGUGACAGUUCAACCUUGGCUAAAAAAUCAUUGUUUGUGAGAAACUCCACUGAACGACGCAGUUUGCGAGUCAAAAGGGCGGUCUGCCAGCCAGUCCUCAGAAGGGCAGCCCAAGAAUGCCCCGUGCGCACAUCUCUAGACCUGGAACUGGACCUUCAGGCCUCGCUAACCCGCCAGAGUCGCCUCAACGACGAGCUACAGGCCUUGAGGGACUUGCGACAAAAACUGGAGGAGCUGAAAGCUCAGGGAGAGACCGACCUUCCUCCCGGUGUACUGGAGGACGAGAGAUUCCAGAAGCUCCUGAAACAAGCUGAGAAGCAGGCUGAACAGACAAAAGAAGAGCAGAAGCAAGACUUGAAUGCAGAGAAGUUGAUGAGGCAAGUCUCUAAGGAUGUGUGCCGACUUCGGGAGCAGAGCCGGAAGGUGCCCCGGCAGGUGCAGUCCUUCAGGGAGAAGAUCGCCUACUUCACUCGAGCAAAAAUUAGCAUCCCGUCCCUGCCAGCUGACGAUGUGUGACCCUGUGGUUUAAAACAUUGCUUCUCAUCUGCUCACUUUCCAAGGGAGGGUGAAAGACUAAACAUUGGCUUUGUUUUGGGGGAGGGGGUCCUGUAACAUAGCUGUCAACUCUUGAAGAACUUUGAUAUCACACCAGAGUUUCAUGUUAAUUUGUAAAGUACUUUGAAUGUAACUCUUAUAUGUUUAAGAAAGAAAAAAAUUCAGAUAACAAAAAUGGGCUAAUCUGGUGCACAAGUGUUGUACAGUAUGUGUGUGUGUCACCACUGGGCUUCAUGGUGCAAAACGGAACAGGUGCAGCAAGGGCCCGCUGUCUGUCCGCUGAGCUGCCUGCCUGCAGAGCCCAGCAGACAGUGAAGCAGGCAGUACGGGUGCUUCUGAGCUAGAAAGCAGCGCUUUCCAUUGAAGGUGAGCAUGAGCAAGCACAGCUCUAGGUCCACCUGAGCAGGUGCCUGUUCCUUUCCAUCACCUAUAUCUGAACACCUCAUUUCCUUGAAACAGUUUGCUUUUUGGCUUUUAUACUUGAUGAGAGAAAACAAAAGUAUAAAAUACUGAGUGCAAAGAUAUGAGAAAUGAGUGUCCUCUUCCCCUAGAAAGAUGUGGUUCAGAGCAGAGUAAGAAGAAGGGAGGGGGUGAAACCAGCUCCCGAAAACACCGAAGAAACAGCGAAUGCUCAAGUGGCCUCUGUUCCUACCCCACUCUGAAUGCGCAGGGCUUCGUGGGAGUUGCUGACUUGCACCAGGGUUUGUCCUGGAAUGAGGACGAUGACAAGGAGAAUCAUGCGGUGCACAUGGGCUCUGAUGACAGAGCUGGUGAUACAGAGGGGACACACAUUAGAUGAGGUCAAGAACAGAGGAAAGGGUACACCUUGAUCAGAUCAAACUUGCCAAACAGAAAAGAAUUUAUCAAACAGAUACUUAUGCUUACUAGAAAUUAAUUUGCAGCUCUCAUUUUUAGGGGAUUCUAUCAUUGACUCACAGCAAGUAGAUGGAAGCAAAACAAAAAGUGUGCUGGAGGAUUAGUAAAUUGGAGUAUAGACUGGAUCGUUAAAUAUAUAUAUAUUCUGGAUGAGCAAACUUGAGACAGAAAUUGGCUAAAAUGUCCUGUUCUCCUGGUUAGAAUUUUAACUUGCCAGACCCAAGUACCUCUUGA